UUUCAUACUGUGAUCUCCGGCCAUUUAUACUCCUGCACCCUGAUCUAACAGAGCCUAUCUAAUGACAACGAGGAAUUCCUCGAGAUGGGCCGUGUGCUGAACUGAACAUAUGCGAAAUGGGUCUUCGGGCCAUGGUCCUCCGGGCAGUUGGUCCAGCGCGUGCUGCGGUUUUCGACUAGGACGAACCCAAGGCCGAUCAUCGUCUUGCCUUCGAAUACCGCCAAGCGCAUCAGCCCCCCGUUCAGGUUGCAGGUUAGUACGAUUAUACCCAUACCAGUCCGGCGGCUCAAUAGUCGGAUUCGGCCUACGUACCAAUGCGGAUACGUGUGGUGGAACAGGGCAUAAGUUCGGCGACGAUGACGACUGCUGGAACACAGGCUACGAGUUCGCUGCUCCAUUCCCGAGAAACGACAGCGCUCGUGAUGUCACCAACCUAAAGACGCUUGCGCAAAAGGGUCUGAGCAACAGUGUCGGUCUUCCACAGCAAAUCGCCAACGCCGUAAGUGAGAUGCAGGCAGACACCUGCAUGGGCCACGGCUUUGGCCUGAUCGAUGCUGUGGGUCCGCCGAUCACGAUGAUUGUUCAGGGGGAGGAGAGUACGUCCUUAGUGGUGCAGACGGCCGAGAAGAUUGAGGAAGAACAGCGCAAAGCCAUCAUCCUCGCAUUCGUUAGCGCCAUCCUCGUCUUCAUUCCUAUAGUAGGAGAAAUCCUCAGUACCGUUGCUGAGACUGCGGAUAUUGCCGGAACUAUUGCGGUGCUGGCGGCUGCAGGCCACGCCGCUUUCGACGUCUACACCAUCGUUGAUGAUCCUAAGAACGCUUCCUUAGCCAUUUUCAAUCUGAUUAUGGCGCCUCUGGCUCUAGCAGAUGUUGCUGUUGUUGCAGAGGCAGCGCAGAUUAGGCGCAAAUCAGGCGAGGGAUGAGUACUGCAAACAUAGCGAAGCUGGGCGAUCACGUAGCUCAAUGGAUGACCGAGCUCAAGGCAGUGACA